GAGCAUUAGAAGAACUAGUACUGGAUCACGAAAGAAUCGCUACAAAGUGGGAUCAAGAUAACUCGAUUUCCGGUUCGAGGUCGAGGCUGGAUCAUGUGAAGUAUCAAAAAUGGGAUGUUGUUGGAGUGCUGAUGAAAACAAGGAUUCACCUUAUGGUGAGCCAGGUGAAAGAACUCGUCUACUGGAUCCGCAGUCAACAAGUCUGGCACAACCAUCACAGGGGAACAGGCAAGGAGCACAGUACUCCCAGGAAAAUGACAAACGAGACGAACAGUCAGCACUUGCUAACAUUCUCCAUCAGAAUGCGAAAGAUGUCAUAGAUGUCACAUCACAAGAGGCUAUUAUCAUUGAACCUAAUGAGUACAAUGACAGGACUCGGCAUUACAGCUUGCGAUUGAAAGGUCUAAGCAUCUCUGGCAAAGCAGGUUCAUAUAGAUUAGGUCUUCCAAAUGGCAUCACAGCUCCACAGAUGGUUUUAGCUGCACCGCCAAUAUCUCCAGCUGAAAUUCAGAUGAUAACUCACUUGGCUGAGAAAGCCAGCAAAGCUAUGAGGGAAGUGCGCAUUCAGCAUCGUGAAGAUCUGGUUGUGUCUUUUGGAGUACCUGUUCCAUGAAAAGUGGCUAAUGUUUUAGUUUGGGCUGAUUUGCAAUGUGUGCUGGUUGAGUCCAAGUGAUAUGGACAGUUGCGUGCGUUUGGGAGUGAGAAAAUUGGUGAACAGUUACUAAGUCUGUGAUCUGGGACUUGCAGUUUCCUGUAAUGCUGUGCUGGAAAAGACACUUGGCAUUGACAGAUUCUUCAUAUUUUCUUUUCCCAACGACAUGUUUUAGAGACACAAUAAGUUCAUUCCUGCAGAGAAGGCUUGACAGAUCCUGGCCUAAUUUUAUGUAUUAGAGCAUUUUGUUCUUUUGCGAUUGCAUAAAUAUGCUUGCUGCAUGCUUUUGUGCAGACACUUCGACUGGUGUACGCAUGCACAUUCAUGCUGUAUGCUUUUAAAUGAUAUAUAGAAAGCUCUUACCAAACAACAUCCGUAUUGUUGGGUUCAGUGUAUCUUUAGUGCAUGAUGAUCACAAUGAAACUGCAACAGUUUUUGCUUGGGAUUUUCUUCUCAUCUUUAUGGAAACCAGAUAAAAUGAAGUAGCUGCAAAUUCUUUUAAAAUGUUUUGGCUUUACCUUUGUUUAUUUUUUUUUAAAGCAGAUGAACUUUAUUGCUCAAGAGCUCAAAGCAAGUCUUUCCAUGUUCUUUUAUUUAUUUAAAAUCAGUGCAUUGUCAACACCAUAAUCAGAAGUUUGACUUCAAAUAAAUUCUCUUAAUUAAAUCAGUUUCUUUCCUUGCUUUGGGAGGCUUCAUUUUCCUGCAAAAUCUAGUAGAUAAAAGAGAAGUAGUGAUUAUAAAUAUUCACAUUGUAUGGCAUUAACAGAUUUAGUGUGUUAAUUUUUGAUGUUACACUUUACCUGACGCAGACUGGUGCAACUCCCUUUGUAGAAGUUGUUAGGGAGUCAUUGUUUUAUUAUCUUAAAACAUACCAGUUCAGCCUGAUUUUUUUUACAUGUGUACACAGUUGCCAUACAAAGGUCUAAACAAAAUAUUUUUUUAUUCUGAAACAAAAGUUCUGAUGAACAGAAUUAGAUAAUCAAAAGCCGCAGAUAUCUGUAAUUAGCCUUUGGUUCAAGAUGUUAAUUUUCCAAAUUUUUGUUUAUAAAGUAUGUGUACAGUUCAUAUGCCAAAGUGAACAUAUUGGGUAAUUUCCUCUCCUAUUUAGUCAUAAUGUGUGGAAUUUCUUAUAUUUCAAUAUUGACCUUGUCUGGGUUUUUUUCUUGUGUUCUUUUUCUUUAUUAAAAGAAUCUUUCAUUUGCA